UCUUCCUAUAGGACCCUGUCAUGUCUCCACCGGGUGGUUUUUCCCUCUUGAGUGCCUCUACAAUUUGCUACCUUUGUGGUCUCUCAGUGGGGAGGGGGAGACGCAGGGCCCUGUGUUCUCUUCUUCCUCCACAAGAUGGUGCUCACUGCGCCAUGAUGGAGGUGUUUCCUCCCCACUGACGGCGUCAGCGACGCUCCCUGGAGCCGUGGACGCCCCGUGCGCGCGCGCAGUGCGCGCGCACGUGACGUCACUGCGGCGCUCGCGAUCGCAACAGAGGGUUGGGGUUAAUUCCCUUCUCUGACGCCGAGGAGCUCACAGCUGGGAGGGUCAUCUGACCCUGGCAUCCUGGUUCAGUUGGAGGAGCCUGUUUGGGAGGGGCAGUCCACCAGGUUGGACAGGGAUUUUCCAAGCAAGGCAUCAGCUGCCUAAGAGUGAUUACCUAAGUGGAAGCACCUGACAUGCACAUACUUAAACACACUAGGUGUACACCUGACACCUGCCUGUGAUCCCAUUCCCAUACCUUACUGGAUACACCACACAGAGGGUAAGACUACAAUCUUCCAAAACUCUGCAGACUUGCAACAACUUUUUUCUGUUGAUUCAUUAUUAUUUAUGAAUCAUAUUCUUUUCUCCAGAUACGCCUACUAAUGCCUCUUCUGGAAUUUGUUGCUACAAUUUAUUAUUAUACAUUCAAACAAGGCAUCACUCAGGCAGCUUGCUUUGCUGGGCCCCCUGCCCACCUGCCCGGCCCACGCUCCCUGGCUGUAUUUGGAUUCCUUCCCACUCACACUGUGAGUUCCUGUAGGCCACUCAUAAGGGGCAUUUCUGAGGACUCUCGUGUGGGGGUACAGACCACCCGUAUGGAGACAAGUUAUCAGGGAUCCUCAGGACUUUAAUUCUACUCUGGUCCAAAUAAAACUGAGAAACACAACCUUUUGCAUCAUAUACCUUUUCCUCCGAAGAAGACUCACAUGCAAGGGUCGAAACGCGUCAGGAACAUUUUGACUUAAAGAUCAGCCAAUCAUGUUGAUCAAUGUCAUGCAACUUUGAUGCUUUAUCAUCAUAUGUAUGUGUUCUCAAUGUUUAAACUGUACCAGAGCUCAUUGUUUUAUAAUCAAACUUGUUCUACUUGCUAAAAUAAAUAUCUUUUCUACCUUUUUUACAAAUAUUGGUACGUCUUUGUAAUUUCCCACAACAAGCAACAACAAUUGCUGCCUAAAAACCCCACUGGGGAAACUGUCCUUUUCUUUAUUAUCUAUUUAGGGGUGAGCAGCACUUUCCCCCAUCCCAUUGUGUCCUUAUCCUUUUUUUCAUAUAUUUUCUCGGUGGCUAAACACCUAUUCUUCCCCACAUGGACACAGGAAAGUAUAACCUAUGAGCUCUGGCACUGUGCAACUGUAUUUAACAUAUGUUUGUUUGUUGUUUUAUGGUUUUGAAUAACUAGAAGUGUUAACAUGUCCGCCUAUCAAGGUGAUGAAUGGAUGAACUUGAUGCAACAAUAUGAAGCAAAAUUUGAAAAAGGGGAACAGGUCGAUACCCAGAUCUCUUCCCAUUUUCGCAAACUGGGAAAACUCCUAGAAAAGAAGUCGUCUCUGUUCUGGCACAUUAAGUCUUUUGAAAGAUAUACUAGCGCCAAGAUAAACCCUUUUGGUCUUCGCAUACAAAUUUUUCCUCACACUGAACAAGUGGAUACCCCAUUCAAAAAAGAAUGGGAAACCAACUUACAGUUAUGCUCUCAAGAGAUGAUGAAUAUCCUAUCUCGGGAAUACACUAGACAAAUUGCUGUAGUGGAUACCGAGAUUGGUACUUUGGAGGCUUUGUUGUCUCCCCAUAAAAAACAUGAUGCAUAUAUUAAAUUGCAAACAAUGCUUGAAACUAAUCUGUUAUCUUUUAACAAGAAUAUUCUACAGGAUAAAGAAGUCAAGUUCUGGCGUGAUAAGUCUGCCUUUUCCGAGGAGCGGGCCUAUAAAUGGAACAAUACCUCUGCACAAAUGCAACAUAAAAAAGUCCCACUUUGCAUCAUAUACCUUUUCCUCCGAAGAAGACUCACAUGCAAGGGUCGAAACGCGUCAGGAACAUUUUGACUUAAAGAUCAGCCAAUCAUGUUGAUCAAUGUCAUGCAACUUUGAUGCUUUAUCAUCAUAUGUAUGUGUUCUCAAUGUUUAAACUGUACCAGAGCUCAUUGUUUUAUAAUCAAACUUGUUCUACUUGCUAAAAUAAAUAUCUUUUCUACCUUUUUUACAAA